AACUACCGUGACAUUGAGUUGAAGUUAGAAGAAUGCUGCGCGCCCACGUUCAUCAACUUGAUUAACAUCUACAACAUGGCCGUCGAUCUGGCACACAAUCCCCCCAAGCCCUCUCCCUUGACGUCCCUCACAAUAUCGCAGAAGGCGCCUUCAUUCGUCAGAGAAGCGACAUCUUACCCGUGGCCACUCUCCCUCAUUCUCUCCUCUGAAUCCCAGGACCAAUGGACCACGAUUGAGAACCUCUACAUGUCUUGUCUCCGGACCGGAGACGACGAGUCCGCGCGGAAGUUGCUAGACAAACUGAUUGCUCGCUUCGGUGAAAAAAAUGAGCGGGUGAUGGCGUACCAAGGCAUGUGGGCGGAGGCACACAUCAGCAACGAGAAGGACUUCGUUAAUGUUCUCAAGGAGUAUGGCGAGGCUCUCGAACAGGAUCCGACCAACAUUCACCUUCAGAAAAGGAGGAUUGCCCUUCUGAGAAGUAUGGGCCGCACGGUGGAAGCAACGCAGCAGCUGGUGAAUCUGGUCGAGUUUAACCCGACAGACGCAGAAGCCUGGGCUGAGCUGGCUAGUCUGUACGUCCAGCAAAAUAUGUAUGAGCAGGCCAUUUUCGCCCUGGAGGAGGUUCUCCUUAUAAUGCCAAAUGCGUGGAACAUGCAUGCUCGCCUCGCCGAAAUAAUAUAUCAAUCAACAAAUGCAAAAGCUGAGUCCGCCAGUGCUCUCGAUACGGCGCGUGGAUAUGCAGAGGCCAUGCGUAGAUACUGCCGUAGCAUUGAGCUUUGCGAUGAUUAUCUUCGAGGCUACUAUGGCUUGAAACUCUCGACAAAGAAAUUGCUCGAGGUUCUGCCAAACACUGGCCCAACGACCGGCGCGCCAAGCAAGGAAAAAGUAGAGAAGCUGAACGAGUUGGCCACGACGAAACUAGCAGAGAUCGUGAGGAUUGCCAAGGACAAGACAAGCGGUUAUGACGAGGCUGAAGUUCGUGCAGCACGGGAGCUCUUGGAUCGGGAUGCUGAAAAGGUUGCGAGAUGACGCGGUAUCCUUGUUUAGCUUGUAGGACAUAUUGAUGUAGAAGAUACCCAGUUACUGCCAACACAAUUCCAUUAAGACACAGUUCGUGAGAUGGAAUUUUAACAGUGCUUCCUGAUGCAUUCUCUUACCACAAGAGGGCCUCUGCUGGGUAAAGCUAUGGGAUGCUGUUGCUAGUCUUGUUCAUAUCUGUACCUUUACCAUCAUGGCGAGAAAGCUCCUCCACGGCCUCUACUUCUUACCAAGGUUAAUCCCUUCCCUAAAUCGUUUCAACGGCGCUAAUCUUCCAUCCCACCAACUUUGCUGCACCAAAUUCUCUCGAUAAUCUAGGUGAUCUCGGCCUCUGAUAUAUAUCAAAUGUAAACUCACCCAGGCUCCCAACAAUGAGUUGCAUUCUAAUCA